AUGAUGAGUGAAGAUAGUGGCAACAACAGUGACAACAGAGGUGGUGACACUGACGGUAAUGACAAUAAUGACAGUGGCCUGGUUGCGUCGGCAACAGUAAUGGUUAUUGCUACUCGGGAAGUGCUUUUGGAUUGGGCUAAGAAUGUAGGAAAGCAACUAGGCUUUGUGAUCAUUAUUAGAAGGUCUGAUUGUGGGAGCAAGGGUCGUGGGAGUAAAGGCAGACAGUUGGCUAUUUUGGUGUGCGAGAUGAGCGGCAAGUACAAACCGUACAAGCCUGUGUUGGUGCGGAAGGGGACAGGAACCAAGGAAGUACGUGGCGACCAAAACCAUGAGCCAGUCGAGACUCUGGUUGGCCAUGCCUAUGCCCGUCGCCUUACAAGUCAAGAAAAUGAUAUGGUUGGUAAAAUAGUUGACAAUAGAGUGAAGCCAGAUAACAUGUUGCUGGCAUUGAAGGACCCUCAGAAUCUGACUACCAUAAGGCAAGUGUACAAUGAGCGGAUGACACACAUUAGGGCCAAGAGGGGACAAUUGCCAGAGAUGCAGUACUUGAUGAGGUUGUUGGAGGAAGACAGUUACAGCCACAUUCCCUACAACAGCUCACUUGCUAUGCCAAUUCCAUAUUGCUAA